ACGUUGCAUGUUAUCAACCUCAUACACUAGAAUCUCAAAAACAGAGACUGGUACAAAGCACCAGCUUCUUGUACCUGAAGUCCUUCUACUCGAAGCAGUGAAUCUCAAAUAUUUUCUCUUUCUCUUGUUCUCUAUCUUCGGAAAUUGGUGAUUUUUUUCAUCUUUAGGUUUGUUCUUGGUUGUUUGGUUGUCCGUGGUGAAAGGAGAAGCAGAAGCUCAACUUUUUCCAUGGAGUUUAAGAUGUAAGAGGAUCAUUCUAGGAGUUUGUCCUGCUGAAAAUGAAUGUGGAGAAUGACAAAGUUGAACCAGUGACUGAUUUAGGACUUGCACUUGAUUAUUCCGGUCAAUGCACACAGAGAAAGUUGAACAAUGAUUCAGGUGCAGGUGCAAAUGCAGCCUCAAGGGUAGAUAUGAAAUUUGUUGCCUCUGAUCCCCUCUCUGAGCUAGUUUGGUCCCCACAGAAUGGUCUGAGUCUGAAAUGUGCUGAUUGCAGUUUCACCGACAAAAAAUCCUCUCCUUUAUGGUAUGAUAGACCAAGCAACAUAGUCCUUUCACCAUCCCAAAACCUAACAGCUGGGAGAUCCAGCGCUGACAAACCUACAAAUAAAGAUAAUUUCAUAGUUUCUCAAGGUGCUUUUUGUGUGAGAAGUGAAAUGGCUGGUAAAGAUACUUCAGCCAGUAUUCCUGAAAGUGAUGUUGCUGUCAAGCCUGUAUGUGAAUUGGACUGUGAAGACAUGACAGAUGAAGGCAAACUUGAUUUCAUACGAUAUGAGCCAUCAUCUGCAAAUCCUACUGGUGAAGGCAGAGAUAACGGUCAUGAGAAUCAGACAUCCAGAAUGGUAAUUGUUUUAAACUCUGAAGUUCAUCCCAGAAAAGAAUGUGAAGCUAAUAAUACAUUAGUGCAAAACUUAGCAUCCCCUGGCAGAGGACAUGAAAGAUCUUUUCUGGGAAAAGAGAGCAAAAGUAACAUGGCAAUGGCAAUAGGGGAUCAUCCUUUGGAGAGACUGGAGUCCACUUCUGAUAAUGAUGUACUAUCUCUAAUUAGUGAAAAUGUCUAUGGUGCAGAGAAGAAGAUUGUUGCUUCAGAAUCUGCACAUGGCAUUAAAUAUGGCUCACAGCAGAAUGAGGGGAUAAUGCCUAAAGACAAGACCAUUUCUGGUGAGAAUUCUCCAACUAAUAGCAGAAUCCCGAUGUUUCAAAGGAAAGACAAGGAAAAGGUUCUAUCAGAUGGAGAUGUCAAUGGAAGAAUGUCUAAAGAGGAUGAUGAUAGUCAUGAGAGUGUUGAAAGCUGUAACAGCACUGGAUUAUUUUCAACUGGCAAGAAGCGAUGGAGCUUUGAGCAGCAGUUGAUUGUCGGGAGUAAAAGAGUCAAAAAGCAAAUUAAUGAAAGUCCUGGUUCUGUAUCACACACUAAACAGGAUAGCUCCUUCAUGAACUGGAUAUCUAACAUGAUGAAAGGUUUCUCCAAAACAAGUCAAGAUGAUAUUCCUUCCCUUGCUCUUACCCUUGCACAUCCUGAUCAUGGUCAAGAAAGUCCUGGCCACAAACUUGUCAAAUACGACAAAAACCAGGAAUCUGGUUGCAGAAAAGUGGGCUUUCAAUCUAUUUUUCAGUCAUUAUAUUGUUCAAACACAAAAGUUGUAGAAAGGACAAUGGACAACAAUUAUCAAACAGAACUUGAUCUGGGCAACAGACACUGUGACAUAAGUUCUGCAACUUCAAUGGCCUGUCAUGGUGACAACAAUAACUUGUGCAAACAAUUUUUGAUAUCAAAUGAGAAUUUCAAUGAAUCUACAUCAGAAAAUGAAGCAGAUCCAGCAAUUCAACCUAGGAUUUCCUCUGCUAAUAUUCCUUGCAGCCAAGAAAACAGCAAAGGAAAUUCUGAAGGGAACAAAAAUUCAUGUAACAUGGCAGCUGGUAAGGUGCAAGGAGGAACAAAUUCCAGUUCCUGUCUGGAUAAACAUAAGACGAGCAGUACUCAUUACACUAAUUCCAAGCCACCAUCUGAAGCAAAGACAACUCAUAAUUUUGGUCAUGGGAAUGAUCCUCUGGGAAGCUUUUGGAUAACUCGAUUUACUCCAAAACCCUGUUUGCCCUUGUUGAAACUUCAAAGUUCUAGUGCAGCCCAUGAAUGUGCCACUAAUUACCAUGAUAGUCAUUGCAAUGACUUCGAUGCUGUCGAAGCUGGACCACUCUCCAUUAAGGAUCCACCUAUUGGUGUUGCUCAAGAGUCAGAGAAUUGUGCAGAAGAAUUUGAGGCUUCUGCUGGUUUUAAUAGGAUAAAAGGCCAUACUGAUCAGAAGUCUGUUCCAAAACUAAACCCCAUUUUACCUUCCCAAAGAUUCAAAAAUUCAUUGCCUUCUGGCUUUGCAAGGAAACUGAAUGCCUUUAAGCACAUCAUGCCAUCAUAUGAUGAUGCAGCUUGUGCUACCAUCACCUGCUUCUUUUGUGGCAAGAAAGGUCACCAUUUGCAACAUUGUUUAGAGAUAGCAGAUAAUGAGCUUGAAUAUCUUUUAAGAAAUAUCAGUUCAUAUAAUGGAGCAGAAGAGUUACCUUGUUUGUGCAUUAGAUGCUUUCAAAUUAAUCAUUGGGCUGUUGCAUGCCCAAAUGCAUCAUCUAGAGUUCAAAAUCAACUGGAAUGUGGAAUCCAGUUGAACAUUAAAAAUGAAGAAUGUACAAAGCACUUGGAUGAUAAUAAAAGCCCUUUCCAAGCUUCGAGUGCACAUACAGUUUGUGAUCCAAAUGAUCAAAGACUAGAGACAGAUCCUGGCAUUAAAUUGAGAAUGACUGAAGGUGCAACCUCUGAUAGAAUUAUUAGUGAUGAAAAUUUGGUAAAUGAUUACAAUCCUUCAAGUUCUGGCAAGUUGAAAGAAAGCCAGGUCAUGCCUUUAUGCAAUCUUGUCAACAAGCAGAUUUCAGAGCUGCUGAAGGGGAUCUUUGAUGCCAUAAUAGGGCUUCGUUUAUCUCGGACAGAUAUCCUCAAAUGGAUGACUUCUCAUUUAUCUCUUGCACAUCUAAAUGGAUUUUACCUGCGUCUGCGGCUGGGGAAGUGGGAGGAAGGGCUAGGAGGAACUGGAUAUUAUGUGGCUUGCAUAACUGGGGCGCAGAGAGAGGGGUCUAAAAAUUCAGUAUCAGUGAAUGUAGGAGGGAUCAAAUGUUUGGUAGAGAGUCAAUAUAUCUCCAACCAUGACUUCCUGGAGGAAGAGCUGAUGGCAUGGUGGUCUGCAACUGCAAAGAGUGGUAACAACACUCCAUCUGAGGAAGAAUUAAGAAUAAAAUUAGAAGAAAGAAAAAUGUUAGGCUUGUAGAUUUAGGUAAUGUUGAUUGUGUAAAUGAUAACACAUACUGGCUUGAUAUUGUACAAUUAAAAACUGAUAUCAUAUGAGGAAUUCAAUGAAUCUGCAUCAGUAAAUGGAGAAAAUCCUGGGAAAACUCUGCAGAGGACAGAACUUUCCUUCAUCCAAUCUUGUUAAUAAAGCAGAUUUCCAAGGGAAUUUUUGAUACCA